AUGAAAAUCAAGCGCGUUGGGUUUGGCCGUGAUGCCAAAGGGAAACCAAGAAUCAAAGUGCCGAUUCCUGUGGCUCUAUUCUUUCUCGGUCUCUUGGCCAUGCUUGCCACAAGAGUGCUCUUUAUUAGUGAUUCCACACCAUCGGCAGGCAUUACUACCGAUGGAAUCCUUUUCCAGACAGCUCCUUCGUCUCCGGGUACUUCUGUCAAGUUAAAGGUGCCCACUCCUGUCCUGGUGCCUAGUUUGCCCAAAUCAGGCACAACGUCCAUUUGGAAGUAUUUUCUGUGUGGCCUGGGGAAGGGACAAGCCGCUCAUCAAUGGGGGAGUAUUGCCAACGGCACGGCUCAGGUCCGACUCGGCAAAUGCUUCCAAGCCAAUAUCAAAAAACACAGACCACUCUUGCAAGGCUGUGGUGACUCUUACAAGGUGUGGACGGAUGCUGGGUUUUUAUCGCCGGGAUCCUGCUUUUACCCGUCGAUUCACGGCGGAUUGGAAGCACUAUACGAAUCGUACCCUCAAGCGACUAUUCUCAACAUUGUUCGCAAUACGGACGCUUGGGUGAAUAGCACCUCCGAAUUCAACAAUCUAUGGACCCGAUGGGGCGAAAAAUGCGACAAGUUUCCGGGUCCCAAAGCCACCAGAGAAGAUUAUACCAAGUUUUAUGACGGGCAUACCGAAAUGAUUCGACAAUUUGCCAAGGAGCAUCCAUCCAUGACCUACUUGGAGAUCCCACUGGAGAGUCCCGACACGGGAAAAAUGUUGGAAGAAGCAACUGGUGUCAAUCAGAGUUGUUGGCUGAACAGUCGAACUAUGAAAGGUAGACGUGCUCGUCCCUAUCUCAAAAAGCUGCGAGAAAUGGAGAAGCAAUGGCAAGUUAAAGCACCAUGA